AUGGGGGGAGAGAAGGUUGGGGGAGAGCAGAUGGGGGGAGAGCAGAUUGGGGGAGAGCAGAUGGGGGGAGAGGAAAUACUGGAUGGGUGGACAGCAGGAGAGCAGGAGUUGGAGGGGCGGGCAAUGGAAGGACAGACAGAGGGAGUGUCAUUGGUGGUGACAGAGGAGGGUGCAUGGCAGGCGGUGUGGGAGCCGCUCUCCCACGGCGUGUACUUCUGCAAUGCUGCAGCCGCCAUCACCCAGUGGCACACGCCAGACCAUGGCGAGGGGAGUGGGCUUGCGUGCUGGGUGGGAUGGACGCCUGAGCAGGCUGUAACUGACCAGGCUGUAGCAGGGCAGGCUGUAGCUCACCAGACAGUAUUUGUAGAGGGCGCUUCCUCACAGGCAGAAGAGGAGCAGGUCUUAUCUGAGCUGGCUGUAACAGAGGAGGCUAUAGCAGCGGGGUAUGAGAAGUACUGGCAGCAGCGGUACGGUCUGUUCUCACGAUUCGAUGAGGGCGUGCAAUUGGAUGCUGAUGCAUGGCCCCUUGUCGCCAUCGCCGCCCACCAUGCUGCCAUGUGCGCUGGAUUAUGGUGA